GAGUCCGGCUGUGGAUACUGAAGUUCGUAAUACACCGUAAUGCUAGAUGGGGAUUAUCAAGCCCUUGCCAGAGUCCGUUCGUAGUUCUGUGCGUACUGGCAUUAUUCUCCUUGAUGUUACAAGGGUUGUUGAAGAGCUUGUUUACAAUAGCUUGGAUGCUGGUGCAUCGAAGAUUUCAAUUUCCAUUGGCACUGGCACAUCCUAUGUCAAAGUAGCGGAUGAUGGAUCUGGUAUUACUCGGGAUGGGUUGGUCUUGCUAGGAGAAAGAUAUGGCAGAACAUUUGGCUUUCGAGGAGAGUCAUUGGCUUCCAUUUCAGAUGUAUCCUUGGUAGAGAUUAUAACCAAAACAUGUGGGAGGGCAAAUGGAUAUCGUAAAGUCAUGAAGGGUUGCAAGUGCUUGUAUCUUGGAGUUGAUGAUGAUAUGGAAGAUGUUGGUACUACAGUUAUUGUUCGAGAUUUGUUUUACAACCAACCAGUUCGAAGGAAACAAAUGCAAUCCAGCCCCAAGAAGGUCUUGCAGGCAGUAAAGAAAUGUGUAGUUCGUAUUGCCCUUGUACAUUCUAAAGUUUCCUUCAAACUUGUAGAUUGUGAAAGUGAGAGCAACGUUCUUUGCACAUAUCCCUCGUCCUCUCCUUUGUCACUUUUGAGAAGUGGCUUUGGUAGUGAGGUCUCGAGGUCUCUCCAUGAAGUGAAAAUUGGUGAUGGGGACUUAAAACUUUCUGGCUAUAUAUGCAGUCCGUUUGACAGUUUUACUAUUAAGGCUGUUCAAUAUUUCUAUAUUAACAGGCGAUUUAUUUGCAAGGGCCAAAUUCAUAAAUUACUUAAUCAACUGGCCAAUAGAUUUAUAAGGCUGGAUCCGCAGACUGACCAUGUCUUUCACAGCAGGAAGAGAAGCAGGCCUGACGCAAAUCCUGCCUAUAUUUUAAAUUUAGAUUGCCCUGGAUCUUUCUAUGACCUAAUAUUUGAAUCAUCCAAGACCUUUGUUCAGUUCAAGGACUGGACUCCGAUACUUACCUUCAUUGAAGAGGCCAUUCAACGGUUUUGGAAGGAUGAAUAUAAUUGUGGAAAAUAUUUGGUCCAUACAUCCCCCAUAGUUAGAGAAGAUCGGUUGUGGAAGGAUGAAGAUAACAUGAUAUUGAAAAAAUCAGAUUCUCCUGAGGAUGUCAUACUUUUUCCCCCCGAGAAUGUUGAACCUGUGAAGAAGAGCAAAAUGCAGAGGCAUCAGGCUUCCGUUAUUGAUUUGUUUUCACCAUCUGCAAUGUUUAUAAAAGAAGAUCACCUCUUGUCCCAUAGGUUGCAUGACAAAAAGGCACGUGAAUUGAAUGUUGAUGUCCAACAAACAAGGAUGGAAUUUAGUUAUCAGGCUGACCCUUUCUUAAAAUCAUGGGAUAUUCCCUUGGCGAAGUGCACAACUGCAGCUGUCCAAAAGAAUGACCGGAAUCCAUGGGUACCUGAUAGCUAUUGUGUAUCUGAAGUCUCCCUUUUAGAUAGAAGGUUGACUUCUCCCAAAAUUUUUGAUGACAAUGUUGAGGACAAUAUCUUCAGUCCAGAAUGGAAUGGUCAAUCAUCUAAAGUGCAUAAUACGAUCAAUGGGACUGAUGGAAGUAUUCCAUCUUCUAACUUUCAUGAAUUUAGGUAUGAUGACAAUGACUUCACUGAUACCAAACCCUUCCCGAGGGGAUGCCUCUCAGGAAGCAGUUUUCGACUGGAGAGGACUUUGAUUCCUGGUGACAAACUGAAUAUUCACAAUAAUGUUGUCAGAAGAACCCAAAUGCAGGGAAUCCCUGAUGACGAAGUUGAUGUUCUAAAGCUUGACAGUUACAUCCAGGGUUCUGAUUUUUGUGCAGGAACCUCAUUGCAGGCUGAGUUAGCUGAAGAAAAUAUACACGCAUCGCAUUUCAACAAGCGUGUGCAGAAGUUUUUCCCAAUUUAUCAGACCAGAAAUUCCCCAAAUUCUCAUGUGACCUCCAGUCCCAUAUUAGCCACAGAAUGGGAUGUUGAUUGCUUCAUUGUUAAGGAUGCAGUUGAAAGGAGCUGGAGAUCUAGAGAUAGGACACCCUUCAGGGAUUUGGCAGAUGGUGAGGAAAGAGGCUGGGAAUUUGAUGAUGAUAUUAUGUUGAAAGGUUCCAACAAAAAAAAUGACUUCUCAAGUUGUAUUGAUAGUACACUGACAAUUGAUGAUGUUUUUGAUACAGGACUAGGCCUUAGUAAAUUUCUUGAAAAACCAAGUUAUUUUAAACAUUCUUCUCCUGUGAGUCCAGAUAUGCACUCUUGUCAAAAAGAUGUUUUUAAUUGGAGAUUAUUUGGAAAAGUUUGUGAAAAAGCUUAUGAAAGCCCCGAGCUUGAGUUUGGACAUCAAGCUUUCAAACAGAAUUAUCUUUCUAUUGAAAGGCCAAAAAGAUGCAAAUCAGCUCCACCUUUCUACAAAAGAAAGACUAGUUUCUAUUGCCUGGACCAAAGAAAGGCAGAAAAGCUUAACGCCACUAGUUUGGAUUGCCUGAACCAAAGAAAGACAGAAAAGUUCAAUGCCACUAAUUCCUAUUGCAUGGACCAAGGGAAAGUAGAAAAGCUCAAGGCAUCGGUCUUCCUUGACACCCCCCCUCAUUUAGAACUAGAUGAGCCGAGAGAUUCCAAACGUUUCUUUGGUACAAGUAAUCUGAUUGUUAAGCCAUGUCCUGUUAAUGACUUAUUGAUAGGAACCAGAACGGAUACGAAAAGGAUUCAUGAUUUUAAGGAAAAUAAUAAUGAGAACCAAGGAGGAGAAAUUUCCAAGCAGUCCCAAUCCCUCGAUGAUAAAGUUACCACAUCUGCUAUAGAAUUAUGCUCAAAGGAAACUCAAGAGUCGUCAGAUUUAUGGAUCAAAUGGCAACAUUGCUGUCCAGUUGCAAGAAAUUAUGAGUCACAUGCUUCAGAAGAUGAAAUUAGUAUACUUGAUAUCUCUUCAGGGUUCCUAUCUCUUGCCAGCAAUUCCUUAGUUCCCAAUUCCAUUGAUAAGAACUUCCUUGAAGAUGCCAAGGUUCUUCUACAGCUGGAUAAUAAAUUCAUACCAGUUGUUUCUGGUGGCACGCUGGCUGUUAUUGAUCAGCAUGCUGCYGAUGAAAGAAUCCGACUUGAAGAUCUUCGUCGAAAGUUGUUGUCUGGYGAAGCAAAGACUAUAGCCUAUCUGGAUGCUGAACACGAGCUGAUGCUGCCAGAKAUUGGGUAUCAGUUAUUGUAUAACUAUGCUGGCCAGGUUAAAGAGUGGGGUUGGAUCUGUAAUAUUCAUGAUCAAGACUCAAAAUCCUUCCWGAGGAAUCUGAAUAUUCUACACAAGCAGGAAACAGUCAUCACGCUAAUGGCAGUACCUUGCAUACUAGGUGUUAAUUUGUCUGAUGUGGAUCUCUUGGAAUUUCUUCAUCAGCUUGCUGAUACAGAUGGCUCAUCGACAAUGCCGCCAUCCGUGCUCCGAGUCCUAAAUUCAAAGGCCUGUAGAGGUGCAAUUAUGUUUGGAGACUCUUUGUUACCUUCAGAAUGUUCCCUCAUUGUUGAAGAACUAAAGCAGACUUCUGUGUUUCCAAGUGAGUGAAUAAUCUUUCAAGCCUCUUUUUGAAGUUUUGACAAGAUUCUCUAUAUUUUCGUUAGUUUUUCUUUUGGGGGUAGGAAGAGGAGGAAGUGACUAGUAAUUGAAAAGUAUGAGAUGUUAAACGUGCAGUGUACCCAUGCACGACCCACGACAGUACCUCUUGUGAACUUGGAGGCCUUGCACAAGCAGUUAAGGGAGCUGGAAGUAUCAAACAAAAAUGGUUCAAAUGGAACAUGGCAUGGGCUGCAGCAACACGAGCUGAGCCUUGAACGGACAUUGCAGCRCUUAAGUUCAGCCGAAGGUUUAUAGUGCUGCUGGGAAUUGGUGAAGGAGAUGGCCAUGCCAGUCUGAGGAAGAGGAUGGAUUGUACAGCUUUAUUAGAUCAUGUAUAGAACUAAGUUGGAUGAUGAUUUGUGAAGAAGAGUAUGGGCACGAGGCUGUUGAUGGUUUUUCAAAAUCUUAGAGUUUUGGUUGUAAUUCUGCCAAUARAGCUUCUCUACCCUCCACCUAAAUAAAUACUUCUGCAUUAUGGGUGUGGUGGAUAAAUAAAGCAAAUUCUUUUAUGUUAUUUGUUGAAAGAAAUACAGGACUUAUCGGAU